AUGCUCUUGAGUCCACCUCAAUUUCACUUCUCGGAGGCCUCAACCUUCGGCGACUCUACUUACAGUGAAGUGGAUGCAUUGUUCGGCUUUACUGCACAUUCGGAACAGCCUGCCGAUCAGACCAUAGUAGACUCGGCCCCGAUUCCCAAACAGUCUCGCAUGUUACCGGAUGCAAAGGGAAAACUAAUCUACAUCGGACAAUCAGCCUCACUAUCAUACCUUCACAUAGUCCAACGUGUGGCUGCAGAUUGCAUAGGCUCAUGUGCAUUUACCGACGACCCACAACAGCAAUAUAUACUUGAAAAAGAGUUUACCAGUCAUCUAGGAAACUGCCCAGAACCAGAGCCAGACCUUGAGCGGUCUUUGGCCCUCGCAGAGCAAUACGAACUAGCUGUUAGCGGCGUUUUCGAUUUCUUCGACAUUUCAUAUCUUCAGAACGCCAUACCUCCUUGGGUCGCUGAUCCUAGUAGGCGAGAUAGGCCGGAAACCCCAGUGAUAUUUCUGGCCCUUGCAAUUGGGGCACUGGGAAGAGCUGCUGAUGACAAGGAUGAGGAUAUUGCAGAGACGUAUUUCAAUUAUGGUCGCCAACAAGCCGUCAUUUACCUUAUGGACGACCCAUGUCUAAUGACUGUUGUGGCGUUCUCUCUAAUUAGUUACUAUAUGCUUGCCUCGUGUCGACGGAAUGGGGCAUUCACGAACAUUGGGAUAGCUGCUCGUGCGGCAUAUGCACUAGGUAUACAUCGGCACGAAACAAACCGCGCUUUUGGUGGUGGAGCAAGAGAAAGGGCUUGGAAGUCCCUCCGUGUGUGUGAUUUAUUUCUGAGUGCAUCAAUGGGCCGUCCACCUGCUACUUCUGAAGCUGACUGCAACAUUCCAUGGUCGAAAUCGUUCGCAAAAAUGAAUAAUGGAGACUAUAAAGACGACAGAUCUGUACCUACUCAGGAGGAUUCGGCGAUAUUCCGAAUAUGUCUGAUCUUUGAACGUAUAUUAGUCGAAGUAUUCUCAAGAAGAGCCGUAUCACUCGAUUUAGCAGGAAGUAUAUCGCAGCAGCACCGCCAGUGGACAGAAGAGCUACCAUCAAUGUUGAAAAUCGACGGCCUCCUGAGGAAUGAUACCAGCACAAAAGCAAGUAUUCAGAAACUAGGGACUCAUAUCGUCACGAUGGCAUAUUACUACUCUAUCACCUUGCUUUGUCGACCUUUUCUGUCCUUUCACGUCGGUACUCGGCUCAAGAAGGCUGGGAACUAUCAAGAUCCCGAGGCCUAUUCUGAUUUUAUCACAACAUAUGCAGAUGCAUGCAUCGACUCGGCUGUCAAGGGUAUAGCUCUUGCUCAUGAAAUCGUCUUUGACGAAUCCAUGCCAAAACGCCAACCAUUGAUCAUAAACAGUGUCUUCAUAUCUGCACUCUGUCUAGGCCAUGCAAUAUUUGGUGAUUACGAUCAGCGCGGUUGGCCACUGAACUAUAAUAUCGAUACCGCAAUCUCUAUUCUUCGGAAGUUAGGCCUCAAAAAUCCACAGGCGGCUCGGUAUUGUGAGAUUUGCUGCUAUUUGAAGGAAGUUGUCGGAACUUAUACCCAUCGAAGAGCGGACACAUUACUACGGUCCCCGAGUUCGAAUGUGAGAUCGAUGUUUGGCGAUAUUCAAGCUAUCCGGAUUAACACUCCGCAUUUUUCAAAAGAUGCCGAUGCCGACGACUUUCAUGAUCGAAAUAUCGAACGCUUUUCUAUCGGUCAAAACCAUGCAUUGGCAGCACAGAACAAGAUUAUCAAUUGUAACGAUAACAAUAUCAAUGAUUUUGCCGGCUCCACUAUUCUACCACCAAAUUCUAUAUCGACCCCGGAAAGCUUGAUGCAUUUGGCCAGCCUUCCUCAAGAUGACAACGAAUUUCAUGAAGCAGUAAACAAGCACUGUGAUCAGAAUCUCGAUGUGGAAUCUGAAUAUACGCCCACUAUGAAUAAUUUUGCUUUCAGUGAUACCUUGCCUUUGUUCUCGUUAAUUGACGGAAUAAAUCCAAGUCUGGGCGCUGAUCAUAGCGUUUUACUUGGCUACAUAUAG